GAGACCGACAUAGAUGGCGAGGAAUGGGACAAAGUUCGUGAGAUGCUCGGGCGAAUUUUAGCGCCACAGGUGGUGCGGGUGGGCCCUACGGAAGCUGAUAUUGCUUGGCAACAACUGGACACUUCUGAGGCUGCGGCACCUGGAGGACCUUUUCCGCAGAUCGAUGCUUCUGAGUUUACAUAUCAAAUUGUGUUGUUUGAGAAUCAUGGCCGAUUUGUAAGCACCUAUCGAUGUGAAACGGAGACUGGAAAUAAGCUGCGACUGUGCCAAUUACGUCCAAACACGGACUACUAUGUACAGUUGAAGGCAUGUCUUGAAGAACGUGGACUCAUUGGGGAACCGAGCCAGCCUGUCUGCUUCAAGACCGCUCCGGGACGACCAGAGGCUCCCCUCAUGUUUAGGUGCGUUGCUCGGGGCAUUGACCAUUUUGUUCUCGCUUGGCGACCGCCAAAUGACAAUGGGGCCAGCAUCAUCAAUUAUACAGUUUACAUCAUGAAGGAGACUAGGAUGGGGAAAUACGCUUUUCAGCCCUUGGAUGAAAUCGGCGAGAAGGUUUGGGAGGGAAGGUCGUGUGAAGCUAGAAUAACAAGCCUUCGACCGGCCACUACAUAUAGGUAA